CUGAGACAUGAUCCAAUAUGCAAGAAAGUCUUCAACAAGAAGCGCAAGCCCUUCAGCUCUUUGAAACAGAGACUGCAGGGAACAGAAAUCACCACUGUGAAGAAGCAGCCUCCAUUACAGAAAGAGCCAGGGAAGAAAUCUAACUGGAGGCAGCACCAUGAGGACUUUAUUAAGGCUAUUCGAUCAGCCAAGGAGGUCACAAAAGCUCUGAAGGAGGGCCGCCCUCUUCCGCCUCCUCCCCCACCAAGCAUCAAUCCAGACUAUAUUCAGUGUCCACACUGCUCAAGAAGAUUUAACGAGGCUGCAGCACAGAGGCACAUCAAGUUUUGUGAAGGACAAGCUGUCCGCCGUGCCUUUGCUGCAAAGGCCAGCAGGCAGGCUUCGGGCAAGCAACCAGUGGCUCAGAAAAAAAACCUAACCAUAACAACUGCUGUGUUAUCACUUCAGAAGAGAGUACAGGAAGGUGCCAAUGCAGACAAACUUAGGCCAGAGACCUCUCCAGGAAUACAGCUGAAAAAUGGAAAAUCUUUGGGUGUAUCUCCUGGAAAAAAAUCUUUAGGAGAUUUUGGGUAA